AGAAAAAUGGGUGCUUGGAAGGGGAAACCGGCGCGGGAGGGGUCUCUGAUGUCUUUCUCUCCCGUGGACAUCACUGGCAUAAUUUAUGAUAUGCCAAUUAAGCUAACAUAAUACUAUCGAAAUAAUGACACUAUAUCAUUUUGGAAACUGUUUAGCUUUAGUUUAUGUUCCAUAUUACCUCACCUACAAAUAUUCUGGCUUGUCUGAAUACGGAGCUUUUUGGAAAUGCAUUCAAGCAGGAGGUAUUUACAUUUUCACACAACUAGUAAAAAUGCUGGCAUUCGCCACAUUCUUUCCUACAGCUGAUACUGUGGGGGAAGGAGGCUUUGAUUUAGUAGGCGAGUUUUUAAAAUCUUCCAUAGACUUAGCUGAUUUAGUAGGAAUCCUUCUGGUACUAAACAGUAUUCCUGGUAAAGGACACGCAAAAGUUUUAACAGCUGGAAUUGGAUGGGCUGGAGCAGAGGUACUUCUAACGAGAUUCCUCUUAUUGUGGGUUGGUGCUAGGGGAGCAGAAUUUGAUUGGAGAUACAUUCAAGAGAGUCUUGAAUCUAACAUUAAUUUAGUGCAGCAUAUUACAACAGCAACACUUGUGUGGUUGUGGUCAAGGCACGAUCUAAAACGUGGUUUGGUUCCUGUAGUCAUUGGUAUGCUUGUGCUCACAAUUUAUAGAUCACUCAUCUUGGACUUCCUAACUACACUUUUCCUAACUGGCCCAUGGUUGACACUUAUUGUUAAAGCUGUUACUACUUUUAUCAUAGGUACCACAACAUUGCAUAUAUAUGCUGCUCUUGCUCAUGCAAUUGGUAUCUUUUAAAACACGUUUCUGUCCUUUUUAAAAUGUUUUAUUUCAUGUUACACAUUUAAUAGGCAAUACAUUACAUUUCCAUAUUUCAGACUAACGUUAUUUUACGUAAUUACUUUUACUUAUACUUAAAAAUCAUCUAAAAGCAAUGUAUUACUGUACCUUAAGCUGGUUAUCCAGGGCAAAUAAAUAUUUUAAUAUAUGAAAGAA